AAAAAAUAUCUGUCUUGUGCAUGUGAGUGUGCUUGCAUUUUAUUAUGAAAAAAGGUAGAAGCUUCAAUGAAAGGCAAAUGAUUGAUAUUAUUUAUAGCACAGGAAGCCAUAUCUACUUUCUCUCAUGAUGUUAUUUCUGAUCUUAAUUAAUCUUGCUCCUACAAGUGGGUGAUGGGAGGAAGGCUCAGUUGAGUUAUGCUUAUCUCUCAAAGCUUUCAAUCUUCUGUCUUUGUUUGAUUCUACCCUAUAGCAGUAGAAUAGGGUACAGUAAUACAAUAAAAUAUACUUUAGUCAUAAAAAAGCAUUUAAAGCACUAUCUUUCUAAACUUCAAUAAUUUUCUCUAAAGUUCAAGCCACAAGUUCUUCCCCAUCUCCUGCUUCCUUCCUGUCUUUACCUGUCUUUAUUUUAGCCACACUUCUUCCACUUGUCCUCCUCCCCUCCCACCUUUAGUUGCUUGCCUAUUUCUAGCUAUCCUCACCUAAGUUUUAUCAUCAUGUUUGAAAAAAUAGAAUAUGAGAAUAUAGUAGAGAAAGAGACGGUCCAAAUGAUUCAGAAGAAGAAAUAUGACAAAAACAGACAUAAAUGGAAGAGACAAUGAGAGAAAACACAAAAGAAAAGAAAAAAUAUGAUUUUCUCUUUUGUUCUUUUGCAGCUGGGACUAAAUCAUAUGCUGUUUGGAUGAAAGAAGAACCGAAAGCUGUAAAUGUGACUCUGAACGCAGCCACUGCCCAUCCUGCCCUCCUCCGGUCUGAAGAUGGGAAGCGAGUAACCUGGCAAGAGACUUGUCAGGAUCUACCCAGUUCCUUGCAGAGAUUUGACUCCCUUCCCUGUGUGCUGGGUCAGCAGGACAUCAGCUCAGGGAAAUGCCACUGGGAGGUAGAGGUUGGGCACAUGCAGUCCUGGGACCUGUGAAUUUGUGGGAUAAUGUAAAAAAAGAAGGGGAGGGCACAAUGUCCCCAGGGAAUGGUUUCUGGGCCAUCAGGCUCUAUGACGGGGAAUACUGGGCUCCCACCUCCCCAGAAACUCGUCUUACUCUAAGAGAAAGACCCCUUAGUGUGGGGAUAUUCCUGGAUUAUGAGUCUGGAGAAGUAUCCUCUGUAACAUGACAGUUGGAUCCUAUAUUUUCAGCUUUCCCAAGAACACAUUCUAUGGUGUCUUAAGACCACUUUUCAGACUUUGGUCCUCUGGCUCAGGGCCCUGGAGCAUCGUCCAUGUGGAGGAGAAGUGACUAUGUGCUUCAUAGGCCUACCCUUCCCUGAGUAAUGAUGACAUUGGGCCCCAAAGAUGAUCACAAUUCUCCCAGCAGCCACAUUUAUUUUUUUUCUAUCUUACUGGUUCAUUCUCAAGAUGAAGCUAUGGUACACAGACUGAUUUAAAAUUACUCCUAUUGCUUUUUCUUGCCUAAUUGCUCUGGCUAAGGCUUCCAGAACCAUGAUGAAUAAAAGUGGGCAUCACUGUGUUUCUGAUCUUAGAGAAAAAGCUUUCAACUUCUUACUGUUGACAAUGAUGUUACCUGUGUCAUAUGUGGCCUCCAAUAUGUUGAGGUAGUUUUCCUCUAUACCCAGUUAGUUCAAAGUCUUUAUCAUGAAUGCAUAUUGAAUAUUGUCAAAUGCUUUUCCUUCAUCUAUUGAAAUGAUCAUGUAUUUGUCCUUCAUUUUCUUAACAUGAUUGAUUUGUGAAUAUUGAGCCAUCCUUGCACUUGUGCAAUAAAUUUUAUUGAUUAUGGUGU